GGCAGUCUGAACCCUGCAGCGAGAGGGCUCGGUGGGACUUCAGGCUGCGGGCUGUAGCAAGUAAACCCCUGGGAGAGGCGGCGGGCGGGAAGGGGACCUCCUGGCAUCAGCCCCCGUCUUGAAGUCCUGCCUCUGACCUGAAGCCCAGCACCUCACUCUCGGCCCCAGAUAGAGCGAGCACAGGACAAACUGUUGGUGAUCGUUGUGUCAAUCUAAGCAGUGCUGCUGUUCUGUGAGUAACGUGGAGUUCGGGCCAUGGUGGCUGGCUCCCACCCCAACCAUGGACGAGGUCACCUUCAAAAGCGACACUGUGCUCUCAGACGUACACCUCUACACCCCCAACCAGAGACACCUCAUGGUGCGGCUAAACAGCAUGGGGCAACCCGUUUUUCUGUCCCAGUUCAAGCUUCUGUGGAACCAAGACUCUCAGAUAGACUCAGGAACUGAGGGUGGUGAUUACAGAGAUGAUCCCACAGAAGGAAAUUCUGCUGGGACAGGCAGCCCCCAGCCCCCUCCUGGGAGUGGCUGCAGCAGCGAAGGUGUUUCCCUCCAGACCGGUGCUGACACCACUGGCCAGGAAGGGGCAGGAGUUCAGCUGGACGAAGAUGGGGACUUAGAUGUCUUGAGAAGACCACGAGCUGCCUCUGACCCCGACCCUGCAUGGCCUCCGAGAGACAAGGUACACCCCAUGAUUCUAACGCAGGAAGAAGAUGAUGUCCUGGGAGACAAAGCACAGGAGAGCAGCACCCACACUGUCAUCAAAAUAGAACACACCAUGGCCACGCCCCUGGAGGAUGUUGGCAAGCAGGUGUGGCGGGGGGCCCUGUUCCUGGCUGACUACAUCCUGUUCCAGUGGGACCUCUUCCAGGGACGCACCGUGCUGGAGCUGGGGGCCGGCACGGGGUUCACCAGCAUCAUCGCAGCCACCGUGGCACAGACCGUGUAUUGCACAGAUGUCGGUGCAGAUCUCUUGGCCAUGUGCCAGCGAAACAUUGCCCUCAACAGCCACCUGAUUGCCCCUGGAGGCAGUGUGGUCAAGGUCAGAGAACUGGACUGGCUGAAAGACGACCUCUGCACAGACCCUGCAGUCCCCUUCAGCUGGUCGGAAAAGGACAUCUCCGACCUGUACGACCACACCACCAUACUGCUCGCAGCCGAAGUGUUCUACGACGAGGACCUGACCAACGCUCUGUUUAAAACGCUCGUCCAACUCGCUCACAGACUGAAAAACGCCUGCGUGGCCAUUCUCUCUGUGGAGAAGCGGCUGAACUUCACGCUGAGUCACCUGGACGUCACGUGCGAAGCCUAUGACCACUUCCACGCCUCCCUGCACCAGCUGGAGAAGCUCCAGGAUGGCCAGCUGCGCUUUUCGGUGGAGCGGGUGGAAGCCGCCUUCCCGCAGCGCCUCGUGUACGAGCGCAUCCAGCAGCUGGUAGGUGCGGCCGCCGCCUCGGGCCACUGGUUGCUCCAGCGUGAGGCUGUUGAGCCCGGCAACAUGCUCUCUUCAGUGAGCCUGUGGUAGGGUCCCCCCGCUCUUAGCAGUCACCAUGUCCAGGGGGGCCUGCCAGAUGAAUCGUCAGCUUUUUGAGACUCCAGAGGAAGCAGGACCCAGGGCAGAAGGUUGCUGAGGAAGCAGGAAGGGGGCGGGGGACUUGGUUGGGCUGGAGAUCUUGAUGUAGGGACUGCAUUGCUGAUGACGACAUUUUCACAGAGGACAGGUGCUGGCCUCUUGGGCCAGGCAGGCUUGUCUGAGCACAGGUGACCCUUCUGGCCCUGCACAGUGGGAUUUUAUCACCCUGGGCCUCCUAGUAACCAUCCUGAGGACGACACCUGUGCCAGGCGCUGGGCUGGGCUUCUUCCAUCCACUGCCUCAGUUUAUCUGCGUAAGUCACCCCACCAGAGAACAGGCUGGGACUUAAUCCUACAGCCAUGUGACUGCUGAUGACUGUUUUUAAACCCAGCACUUGGAGAGAAUUUGAAAAGUCAAAAUUACCCUUAAAAAUUCUGUAACAUUACCAGGAGCUGCAUCCCUCGCCGGAAGUCAUGUCUUCUGUGCUCUUUACCUUCGGGCCGUGGCCUCCCUUUCCUGGGUCUGUGGGGACCUGGGCCUGGUGCCAAGGGCGAACAGGGAGGAGGCAGCCCGGGCCCUCGCCCUCGCUCCUGUCUGUCCCAGAGCAAGCACAGCGGUUCGUUUGUGCGGUGGCCACUCAUGAGGAGGCGUGUGUGUGACGGGAUGUAGAGUCUGCUCCGACUCCCGCGACCCUGUGCAUGGAUGACGUCGUGUCCUGUCAUCGGCCCCCUGCUCAGCCCCACGUGUGCCUACAGCUUCUUCGGGGAGUCAGCCCACCUUGUGCUUCCCUGCUCCCUUCUGAGUUUCCCAGCACUACUGUCUCUGCCCGAGAACCCUGCCCUCGGGAUGCGCCCGGACAGGACAGCUCCGCCGUGUCUUUCUGCCCGCAGCGCUGUUUCAGGCGGAUUUGCUCUGGGACCCACUUGUUCCUCUCUGGCGGUCUGGGCUGCUCGUAGACCUCUCGACACCUUAUUUCAAAUGAAUCCUUUCAGUCUCCUGUCCAACUUUCCACUUCUGUGUGCUGCUCUGCCGCCUCUGGGCAGCCUCCCUCCCGUUGGCCUCGCUGCUUGUCAGCCUCCGGUAGACGGCAGACGGGACCUGAGGUUCCCACUAAGCACCUGGGGUGUUGUUCUCCGCCUGUGGCCAAGAAAAGCAGCCGCUUCUAAAUUCAGCAGCCACAGCACAUGGUACCAAAGACCUCCCCAGAUGGAGAAACUGGAGAGUUGCUGCCAUUUUCUGACCUGUUGGUCACGUGGCAUCCUGACACCUCCUGGUCUCACGCUGGGACUCACCCGUCCAGCGUCUCUCCCACAGCAAAGCAGAAAGCAGCCCAGGACAACGCGACCGAGAAGCCGGGGGCGCGCCCCAGCCCUGCAGCGGCUCAUGCUGCCUCUGGCUCACGUGCCAUGUGCUCUUUGCUAAUUACGUCCCUUUAUGAAAUUGGAAACCUUGUGUGGGCAU